AUGUCUGCCAAAAUCAAUUUGUACAAUAACACCUCCAUUGACCUCCCCACCGGGUUGUUCAUCAACAACGAGUUCCGUCCCUCGAGCAACGGUUCUACCUUCACUACUCCCAACCCAGCUACUGGCGAGGAUCUCGUUACCCUCAGCGCCGCUACUGAAAAGGACAUCGAUGCUGCUGUUGCUGCUGCUCGUGAAGCGUUUGAGAACGUCUGGGGCAAGAACUCGACUCCUGGCGAGAGAGCUGAAAUCAUGAACAAGUGGGCCGACUUGAUCGAGGAGGAUAUCGAGAACCUUGCCCAGUUGGAGAGCUUGGACAACGGGAAACCCAUCUGGAUGGCUCGUGACGUUGAUAUCGUAGACUCCAUCGGGUGUCUUCGCUACUACGCUGGUCUUGCUGACAAGAUUGAGGGCCGUACUAUCGAGUUACAAGAAGGGGUCAAGGUAGCCUUCACCCGACCAGAGCCCAUUGGUGUUUGCGGCCAGAUCAUCCCAUGGAACUACCCGAUCCAGAUGUUUGCGUGGAAAGUUGCUCCUGCGCUUGCUGCCGGUAACACCAUUGUCAUGAAGCCUGCUGAGCAAACUCCUUGUAGUGCACUUCGUUUGGCUGAGUUGGCAGUGAAAGCUGGCUUUCCUCCAGGUGUGUUGAAUAUAGUCAAUGGUCUCGGUGCUGUGGCGGGAAGUGCCAUUGCCAACCACAUGGACAUCGACAAGAUCGCCUUUACCGGCUCUACUGUCACUGGGCGCAAGAUCAUGGCUUCUGCUGCUAACAGUAACUUGAAGAAGGUCACGCUCGAGCUCGGAGGUAAGUCUCCAGUGGUGGUGUUCGACAGCGUUGACAUCGACCAGACCGCCAACUGGGUGUGUAUGGCUAUUUUGUUUAACCAUGGUCAGGACUGCUGUGCUGGGUCACGUCUCUUCAUUCAGGACACCAUCAAGGACAAGUUCUUGGAGGUUCUCAAGCGCAAAGUGGAGGAGAUCCAGAUUGGCGAUCCAAGCGACAUAAAGACAUUCAUGGGCCCCCUUGUGUCGAAGGCUCAGCACGAGAAGGUCAAGCAGUAUAUUAAAUACGGUGAGGAACAGGGCGCCAAGUUGCUUACUGGAGGCUCAGCCAAGGCAGUCAGCUUGGCUGAUAAAUUAAAGAAUGGUUACUUUGUGACCCCAACUGUGUUCACUGAAUGCAAGAAGGGCAUGAAAAUCGUUGACGACGAAAUCUUUGGUCCCGUUCUUGCGGUGCAGAGCUUCACCACCGAGGAGGAGGCAGUCAAGUUGGCUAAUGACACUGCCUACGGUCUCGGCGGUGGUAUUUUCUCUCAAAACGCUUCCCAGUGUAUGAGAAUGGUCCACGCAAUCAAGGCUGGUACCGUGUGGUGCAACCAAUACAUGGCAUUGAGCAAUGCUGUUCCAUUUGGAGGCAUGAAGCAGUCCGGUUUCGGCCGUGAGUUGGGUAUCGAGGGCUUGAAGGAAUACACCCAGACCAAGGCUGUUCAUUGGAACUAUGGUGAGGAGAUCCCAUGGCCUCUCGAUGGUACAAACGUAUGA